CUCCAACCAUUAUUAGUCUCUAAGUGGGUUCCUCGUCAUCGAAUUUGAAAUUACCAUGACUGUAUAUUCAUGAUAAGCUCUAUUUGCCACUGAUGUAUAUGACUUACAUAGUGAUAAAAAAUUAUCUUAGAAGGUUUGUCUUAUAAUUACUUUAUAAGAUUAGCGAAAAAAUAACAAACUUUCCAAAUAUAUUUUGUUCAUAGUUAAGAUAAGAUAAUUUUAUGUUACUAAGUGUUCAAGUAAUUCUAAUUACUUUAUUACCGAUUCUUAAUGAAUUUAUUCCUUAUCAAAAACAGAAACUGUUGUUUAAAAUAUGCAUAUAUCCUAUCUUGAACAUGUAAUUAGUUGGUUAUUGUUCAGUUAAAGAGAAAGUAUUGAGGUUUACAAUAAAAGAACAAACAAUCAGAUGUAAUUUCAUUUUAUUGAAGCAAAUGCUUUAACUACUAAGAAUAAUUGCUUAAGAGAAAUGGAACUCCUUCGAUGCCAGAAGUGACUACGCGAAUUCUUCCUUUGAUGCUAGAAGUGACUACGCGAAUCACUUACUUCGAUGCCAGAAGUGACUACGCGAAUUCUUCCUUUGAUGCUAGAAGUGACUACGCGAAUCACUUCCUUCGAUGCUAGAAGUGACUACGCGAAUCACUUCCUUCGAUGCUAGAAGUGACUACGCAAAUUCUUCUUCCAUUACCGUCGCUUUUUCAACAAACUCGACGGAGUUUGGCGGAGAAGAUAGUUAUGCAGGGUACCUUGCUACCUCGACAAAUGAUAAUCAUGAAUAGCUUGCGUAAUGCAGAGAAUACCGUUUUACAGGGUACCUUGCUACCUUGACAAAUGAUAAUCAUGAAUAGUUUGCGUAGUGCAAAGAAUACCGUUUUACAGGUGCCCUGCUACCUUGACAAAUGAUAAUCAUGAAUAGUUUGCGUAAUGCAGAGAAUACCGUUUUACAGGGUACCUUGCUACCUUGACAAAUGAUAAUCAUGAAUAGUUUGCGUAAUGCAGAGAAUACCGUUUUACAGGAUGCCCUGCUACCUUGACAAAUGAUAAUCAUUAGGAGUUUGAGUCGUGCAGAAAAUAAAGUUUUACAGAAUGUCCUGCUACUUUGAUAAACGGUUAUUGUGAAAAAUUAUGUGAUAUUUUAACGUUAGAGAAAGCAUUCAGUUAAAUUAACGAUAUUUUUCAUUCAUAUGCUUAAAAAGUGUAUAAAGCGAUAGCAGAAUGUAUAAUAUAACAAAGAGAGACAGGAAAUAUCCUGUUUAGCUUGAACAUAAAUUAUCUUCAACGGAAAGAGACAUUUGGUGCUUACUAUAAAAAGUAAAGUUUACUAAUUUGAUUUAUUUUGAAAGUGAGAGAAUAAGACUUUACUUGUGGAGUUUAGCUAAUCGGUAACGUAAAACAUAUUUAUUUAAUACGUCUGACAAGGUAGGUUGCUAAGAGUUACACGUAUUUUUCUUAUCUAUCUAAGUUACAACAGUUUAAGUGUGUUAACUAAUGUUUCGGGUCUUACAUAGCAUGAAAGUGUUGAUAGAUAGAUUGAAAUGAGCCAGCUGUUGUCGUUUCAAAAAUGUCUAUCGUAGUUAUGUAUAAUCGCUUAUCUUUUCUCAAAGUACCCUAUUUCAUACUUACGUUAAAGGCUGUACAUUAACAUGGCUAUAUUCUAUCCACGUAAAUACCUAUUCACAAAAUUUCACGAACUUUAGUUUACAAUAGAACUUCUGUGGUAUUUGAAACUGUAGUAUCAAGUUUAUCCGCAUUUAAAAGCAACUCAGUGAACUUCCUCCAUAAUGGCGUCAAAGCUUUCCGUAUAGAUGUGUUAGAAAACUAUUACAACAUUUGGAAUACGUUAAGACCCUAGAUUGUGAAAUAGAAAUUGUUCAGAUACACGUAUGUUGAUAUCUUCACGGUUUCUUUGACGAAAGUUCUUUCAAAGUUUGAGUCUUUUCCUGGUCCUUUCCGUUCUGCUGGCAAGAGACAUGCCUAGAUCUCCGCCUGCUUAUCUCUUCUUCCGGCGCUGACUGGGUCUUGCGGUGCAGGGGUGGAGCGCUAGGCCUAGCUGUCUGCAUAAGUAUGCACGAUGGCGGGUCACGUGCUCGAUGUUGACCAGGCAGUGAAGAACGGCCUGUCAGGCAACUGGUGACACACUUGGCUUUUCUGGCAAGAGAUCGUGGAGCACUUAGCCAAAUUAAACCACGGAGGUGACUUGGUUCUGGGGACAAAAUACCUUCAUCCUUCCCGACAAGACGGCACGUCGACACUCGCGCAUAUCUGCGGCGAAAGGACGGGCAGUGGCCGGCAUGUCCACCAUGGUCCGUGCGGCUGCAGUUACCGACGCUACCACGCCAAAUCCAGACGUUCUACUGGCCCUACUCUCUCGGAACAAGGCUUUAGAAGCUACGAUUCCAAAGUGCGCAGGAUGUGAACAGUCAAUACUGGAUCGUUUCAUACUCAAGGUUCUAGAUAGGCCGUGGCAUGCUAAAUGCCUCAAGUGUACCGAGUGCCAGGCUCAGCUCUCUGAUAAAUGCUUUUCGAGAAACGGACAAGUAUUUUGCAAAGAAGACUUUUUCAAGAGAUUUGGAACAAAAUGUGCUGGUUGCGAGCAGGGUAUUCCUCCGACACAAGUGGUGAGAAGAGCGCAAGACAAUGUGUAUCACCUAUCCUGUUUUUCUUGUAUCCUUUGCAAGCGUCAGCUCAACACCGGCGACGAGUUCUACUUGAUGGAAGACAACAAACUAGUGUGCAAGAACGAUUACGAAUCAGCCAAAGCACGCGAUGGUACCAGCAAGAGACCUAGGACCACCAUUACGGCAAAACAACUGGAGACUUUGAAGACUGCAUACAACAACAGUCCGAAACCUGCGCGCCAUGUCCGAGAACAACUGAGCCAGGACACAGGACUUGACAUGAGGGUAGUUCAGGUGUGGUUCCAGAACCGAAGAGCUAAAGAAAAACGACUCAAGAAGGAUGCUGGGAAGAGUCGUUGGGGGGAGUACUUCCGUAAUACUAGUGGAAGCCUAAAACAGAGUGUUUCUUCAGUUUCAACCCCUACAUCUGCGUCUCCUGGUUCUCCUGAAAACAGAGACCGACAUCGAUUGGAUAGGGGGAAAGACAAUAAACCCGACCUGGAUAGUGAUUCACUGUACAGAGAUGAACUGGAACUACGACCUGCAGACUCUUUUGGAACUCCACUUGGUGGUGCAUUGCUUGUGGAUCAGGAACGUUCUCUUGGUCCGUCUCCUCCUCAAGGUCCAAAUGGACUUAUAUUCCCUGGAAGUAAUCCUUUCCAUGGCCCUGGCACACCUCCUUACAUCUCGGGUAAUCACAGUCCUAAUACACCCAUCCCUCUUCCCUUUCCUCACCCAGGACCUUUCAGCUAUGGAGGAGAGGGAAUUGGAAUACCAUAUGGUCCAGGAAUACAUCACGCCGUCCACGGUCAAAAUGGACACCUCCCACCAAUUUUAACCCCUUCCAGAAUGGUGGGCUCAUCUGGUCCCUUGCCACCUUCUUCUGAAAUGAAUGGAGGUAAUAAUCAUAGUUACCAAGAGUUUCCACCUAGUCCAGCAUCCUGGUUGGAUGAUAUGGAAGGAGGGGGAUCAGGCAUUCCUUCCUCCCAAAAGUAUUAAUGUUUUGAACCUUUUCUGACCAGAUAUUAUGAGGAUACUGAAUUAACCACGAUUUUACUACAUUUUUGAAGAGUUUUCAGUGACUAGGACCUAGGUAUAUGUAUGUUUUGAAAAAUAAACGACAUAAUUUUUACCUCAAAACUCAACAUUUUUCACAGCUAGAACAAGAAUCGGUGAUUUUAGUCAAGGUCAAUUAAAAAAGAAAGUUCAUUGGUUUGAAGUAUACCUCUGAAUAACAACUGAAAAGAAUGAAAAAAUUUGACUGUCAAUCUGUGAUUUCCCCGUAUAAUCCAGACCAAGCAUAGUCCUUGCGGUUUUCAAGAAAAUGUCUAUAACAUUUGGGCAACUUUAAAUAUAAUGACCAGUUUGUGCUACCGAUAUUUAGGGUAUCAUGAGAAACAUGCGUAGCCUAAAAGUCUUACAAGUAAGCUUGGCUCGCUGUGAACUAGUUCCGUGAUUAAACACUACUGAUAUUCAUAUUCUAGUUGUAUUUCCUGUCCUGAAUUAUAAAUAGGAGAGUAUCGGUGGUAAAACUAAUUCAUUGGCAGUGCAUGUGAGCAUCAGGCAUAACUUUGAAAUCCAUAUGUGGGAUGUUUGUCUACUUACUUGACAGUUUGUGGGCCAGAAGAAUACGACUGCUAGUCAUAUAUUAUAGUGUAUUAUAAUCUUUACUUGUUUCCAAGCUAUAAAAUGUUAGUGACUAUGUGAUUAAUUUGUCCCACCUCUCUGGGUGUACAUACUGGUUGUUCAGGUGCUCAUAAAACACUCACUAGUCAGUUUUGACAGGAAUUCCAAAACGUUCCUUUGUGAACAACUGGUGCCACCCAAUCGACUUUACUAUUAUUGAUGUUUCAGUAUUUUUGUUAUUAAUGUUUUAUUUUUUAUGUGACCUGUUCAAAAAAUCACAAAGUUAAACAAAUGUAUAAUUAACGAAUGACAACUACCUAUCAAUGCUCUUUUACACUUUACUCUCUUACUUUCGUGACAAACAAUAUAAAGACUUUACACAUUCCCACAGCAUGCUUUACUGUCUUGCUCUCAGGACAAACAGUAUGAAAUAUUUACACAUUCCCACAGCAUGCUUUACUGUCUUACUCUUGUGACAAACAAUAUAAACAUUUUACGCGUUCCAACUGCUUGCUUUAUAACUUCAUUAAAAAAUAAUUAUUUCUAUAGGCAAUCAAAUAUGUAAACAAUCAUUAAAGCUCUU